AUGGUGACUGUUACGAAGAAAAAGAACGCCGGCAUGCCCUCGGGCGAGAUCGCGGCGUUCACAAAGAAGUCUCAGCAACUGAAAUUGGAGGCUGACGUGCUCUUCGCCAAAGGUGACCAAGGUGGGGCACUGUCAAAGUACCAAAAGGCGCAAGAGCUCGCGCUCAGAGGGAGCUCUGAGUUUGUUUCGAUCGCUACAAAUAAGGCUGCGGUAUACUUGAAGCUGCAGCAACCUUUGCUGGCGGUUCAAGAGUGCGAUAAUGCGCUCGACGCCCAGUCCGAUUUCAAGCCGGCGUUGCUGCGUCGUGCAACUGCAUACGAGAAACUGGAAAAGUAUGCCGAGGCUAAGGCCGACGUAGAACGUGCGUUGGCAAGCGAUCCAUCCGACGAAACCGUGAGAGGUCGCCUUGAUAAGCUCAAGAGUCUAGCUGAAAAGCCGAAGCGUGAGGCUCGACCAGCGGGUUUGGGUGGCUCCGGUAUCGGCCGACAACCUGCGCAGAAGUUCACAAAGGAACAAAUCGCCGCCAUGCGUGCCGAGCUCCUCAGACAACAGCAACAGUCGACUAUGUUCACCUUCGACGUCACGUGCGAAGGCGAGGUGAAGAGCAUCAAGCUUCCUGUCCAGCUUCGAUAUUCUGAUCUGGUGAACGCCAUCAAGAGCGAGUUUGGCAUCGAGAAGUACGUCGCUGUCAAGUACAGGGACUUUGACGGGGAUUUCGUAACUAUCACAUCUCGUAUGGACCUACGAACCGCCCUGACAAACUUUGCAGCGGUCGCAGAAAGAGAGGCUAAAGAGAAGAAUGAGAAGCCUGAAUCAGCUAUCCCGGUAAUCCAUGUCACUGCUUUUGCGUCUGAUGUCGAGUUCGUUGAGACGCCCGAGAACGUUCAACCGCAAGAGUUGCAAGAAAACGAUGAGAUCAACGAAGAUGUGAUCGAAAUCGACGAGUGGUUGCUCAGCUUCGCGGCGCUCUUCCGUAGGUCUCUUGGCGACGCUGCGCCGAAGGAUGGAUCGCAGCUUGAGUUGCGCACUGUCGGACUCGACAAGUGCUGUGAGGUGUUGGAGCAAACCGUCGGUAUGCCGGAAGCUCAAGGACUUCUCGUUGCGGCCACAGAAAAGUUCCAGGAGGCGGCGGCAACCGCUAUCUUCAACUGGGGGAACACUUAUGCGUGCAACGCUCGCAGGAUUAUAGAUUCGUGCGGACCCAGUGAGGAUGAUGGGGCAAGUUCGAGCGACGAAGCGCUCGCGGCGGCCGCUAAGAAGCACAUGGCUGCCCUCGAUGCCGAUUAUGAAGCCGCCUGCGAACGAUUUGCGGCGGCUCUUGAGAUCAAACCGACGUAUUUCGAGGCCCCCAUCACAUGGGGACAACAAGCGUUUGAACGAGGUAAGCUGUACCAUCACUUGUCUCGACAAGUUGAAGGUGGCGAAAAGAGCAAAGCCGAGAGAAUCACCGACGAAAUGUUUGCUCUUGCGAUCAUUAAGUACCAAGACGCGAUGGGGAUGCUUUCGCCGGAAGAGAGAGAUGUCGUGUUGACUGAGAAGUGUGAAGACUCGAACGGCGUGAAGGCGCAAAUAUUGAUUCUUUGGGGCAACGUCCUGUACGAACAAUCGCAAGUGAAGCAUACUCGUGGAGAUAAGAACUGGCGCGAUGAUUCUGUGGCUGCCGUUGCGAAAUUCAACGAAGCGGGCUGCGCUAAGCAAGACAUCGUCCGGGCGCUCAUGAACCACUCCAGUGGAGAGUGGAAGGAAGAAGCCGAGGCUGUGAAGACGGCAAACGCAUAG